GGCCAGGCCAGGCCAGUGGGUGCUGGUGCCUGGCGGCGAGCGGCCAGCGUGGAGCGGAACGGCCGAACGGCCAUGUCCCAUGCUGCUGCUGCCCGACCAGACCUACGAGCCGGCGGCCGCGGCCGCCGACGGGACCGGCCCCCGGCCACCCUCCUCGGACGACGAAGACGACAGCGACGACGGCGACGACAGUAGCAGCUCGGAUGACUCGGAGGCGGCGGGGGCGGCUGCGCGGGGGCGGCUGGGGGCGGCGUGCUGCGUUGCGCGUCGUGUGCUCACAACCCUGGCCGCCUACGACCGCUUCCUGCACGCCAACAACAUUCGGCCCGAUUUUUUCUGCCGACACAAGGAGAAGGUGGCCCUGCAGCACCUGCUCACCACCAAACUCAAGUGCACACACCGCAACGCAGAUGCAAAUUCAAAUGAGGCUGUGCAUCUGCAGCAGCGUCUGCGCAGCCUCAGCUCCGAGCUGGUGACGUUGCGCAGCCGUCUUCACGUAGGCCAGUCACACCAGAUUCCGUCGUUGCAGUCACACCAGCCGUCACCGCAGCCACAGCAGCAGCAGCAGCCGCAGCAGCAGCCGCCGGCGCUGCCGCCGGCCAACAAGAAGCCGGCGGCCGCCUCCGGGGGCGGACGCCGCGGUCAGCUGCCUGAGCCACCCGAAAAACUGCCGGUGUGGAACUUCAAGGGGCCCUCUCCCCCCGUCGUCGCCGCAACCCCCCUUGCCACCGUCCCGGCCCCCAUGGCUCCCACCGACCUCGACGACCUCAUCCACCUGCCAGGACCGUUGACCGAAGACGCCGUGCUCAGGGCGCUGCAGGCCAGGUUCGCAGCCAACCACCACUAUACAAAUAUCGGGCCGAUUCUGCUGUCCUUGAACCCGUUCAAUGACGUAGGAAACCCGCUCACCCUGAGCAGCACCAGGGGCAUCCCGCUCAACCCCAAGCUCGUCAGGGUGGUGCAGGAUGCCGUGCGUCAACAGUCUGAAACCGGAUACCCACAGGCCAUCAUCUUGUCAGGUGGCAGUGGCUCGGGCAAAACGUAUACCUCAAUGCUGCUGCUACGGCAGUUGUUCCACGUGGCGGCCGGCGGCCCUGAGACUGACGCCUUCAAGCACCUGGCCGCCGCCUUCACCGUCCUGCGCUCACUGGGCAGCGCCAAAACCAACACCAACGCAGAAUCUAGUCGAAUCGGUCACUUCAUUGAGGUGCAGGUGACGGACGGCGCGCUCUACAGAACCAAGAUCCACUGUUACUUCCUCAACCAGACAAGGGUAGUGCGGCCUGCCAAGAACGAGAAGAACUACCACAUCUUCUACCAGAUGCUCGCUGGGCUCAGUCCUGAUGAGAGGAUGAAACUGAACCUGGAUAAUUACUCGAUCCAUAAGCUGAACUACCUGCGCCACGGUGACACGUGCCAGGAUGAGGCGGAGGAUGCGGCACGUUUCCAGUCUUGGAAAGCGUGCCUCGGCGUGCUUGGCAUUCCGUUUAUGGACGUGGUGCGAGUACUGGCCGCCAUACUACUGCUCGGCAACGUCACUUUCGUGCACAAGCAAGGCGCGCCCGCCCCCGAGGUGGCCGUCGAGGGCGAAACUGAGCUGGCCGCUGUUGCUUCGCUGCUGGGCGUGCCAGUAGGCGCGCUCUGCCGGGGACUCACCACCAGGACGCACAAUGUCCGCGGACAGCUCAUCAAGUCCGUCUGCGACGCCAACAUGUCAAACAUGACAAGGGACUCGCUGGCCAAGGCCCUCUACUGCCGCACUGUGGCUACAAUCGUGCGCAGAGCUAACAGUCUGAAGCGGUUGGGCUCGACCUCAGGCACCCUGAGCUCGGACUCUAACGAGUCUGUGCACAACCAGGCCGAGGUUGCGAGUCAACACGCGUCUACCGUUGGCACCGCUGGUUCUAAGUCCAGCAAGUCAAUGGCCGCGCUGAACAACGCCGUCCGACACGCCACCGACGGCUUCAUUGGCAUCCUCGACAUGUUUGGAUUUGAGGACCCUCAGCCAUCACAGUUGGAGCAUUUGUGCAUCAAUUUGUGCUCUGAGACGAUGCAGCACUUCUACAAUACCCACAUCUUCAAGUCCAGCAUUGAAUCGUGCCGGGAAGAGGGAAUUCGAAGUGAUGUUGAGGUCGACUACUUGGACAACGUGCCCUGCAUCGACCUUGUCUCCUCCCUGCGAACCGGUUUGUUGAGCAUGUUGGACGUGGAGUGCACGGUACGCGGCACGGCCGAGUCGUAUAUCCAGAAGGUGAAGGUUCAGCACAAGAGCAACAGCCGAUUGUAUGAGCCACGCCCGCUUGAGGCCCGCACCUUCGGCAUCCAUCACUACGCCGGCAGGGUGGUUUAUGACGCGUCCGACUUCCUCGACAUUAACCGUGACGUGGUGCCGGACGACCUGGUUGCCGUCUUCCACAAGCACAGCAGCAAUUUCGGCUUUGCCACGCACCUUUUCGGUAGUGAGCUCAAAGCGCUCUUCGCCAGGGACGCCGUCCCCGGGGGCCUCAGCUUCAGGAUCUCGCCCACUUCACACACCGACCUGCAAAACGGUGACGAACCGGUGUCUACGCUGACGCAAGACUUCCACACGCGGCUGGACAACCUGCUGCGAACCCUGGUGCACGCAAAGCCGCACUUUGUUCGUUGCGUGCGCACCAACUGGUGCGAGGCGGAGGCGCAGUUCGAGCGCGCGGCCGUGAUGCAGCAAUUCCGCUCGCUGCAGGUGCUCGAAACGGUCAACCUGAUGGCCGGCGGCUUCCCACACCGCAUGCGCUUCAAGGUGUUCAACGCGCGCUACCGCCUGUUGGCACCUUUCAAGAGAUUGCGCAGGUCCGACGACCGCGUACUCGAGGACAGCCACACUAUUCUGCAGAGCUUCGCCCUCGCCCAGCAGUCUGAUCAGGCCAAGGAGUCCUCCGCCUGCAGCACCAGCUCCGUCAGCACCAGCUGGGCGACGGGCAAGAGACACAUAUUCCUCAGUGAGGGUGCGCGUCAGCAACUGGAAGAGAUGCGAAACAGCAAGCGGCAUGACUCAGCCGUGCUGAUUCAGAGCACAUGGCGAGGGUGGCAUCUGCGGAGGCGGUGGCCUGCCUUACGUCGCACCCUGGAAAUGCAGCUGGCCAACUGCGCGACAAAAAAUAACGCAGGUACUGCGAGCAGGCCACGGCCACAGCCCAUCGCAGGAACGCCGCCACCAGACGCUGCCGAAAAGUGCGACCACAAGAUGAUUCAACAAACGUGUUCACUGUUUGGACUCGACCUGGAGAGACCACCACCUGUGCCUCCGAGCCGUUCGUACACCGUCACGGGCAACACUAAACUGGGAUACCCACAAACCAGACUCAUGAAAAUGGCUUUUCCAGAGGAUGGAGGCGUGGACAACGUAGUGCUGCCAAAGGGCGAGUCGGUGGUUGUAGUGGGUGCCUCACAUAGGAGGGGCCACCUGGUGGUCGAGCACAGCAACUGCACGCUGCAUGUGCCUUUUCAAUACCUGGAACUGAAGGCGACGCAACAACAGCGCGGCGUCAGCAUUUGACCGCAGUGCAAUAAAUGAGAUGGACAGCGAAAAUACAAACUCUUCUCUCACAUGUGCCAUUCCUUCACGUUCUCCGCUAUUUCACGUUUGCAAGAAUUUAAGAAAGUCGGCAAGUGAGUGUGCCGACUCCGCCGAUCAGUGCAUUUCUCAGGGCUUUUCGAAGGCAACUUUUUUAAUUUUUUAUCACGCGCUUUAUUUUGAUGAUUUGUAUGUGAAUAAUUUAUGAUGAAUUUAUGAUGUGUUAUAUCGAACUAACCAGCUCUCUGUGCUUUUGUACACUUUGUGAAAAUGGAAUAAAACUAUAGUAAAUA